UUAAUCUAACAAAGAAAGAACACUCCAAGAAAGUUAACUAAGUUGUCUUUAUCCAAAACGGUUAGUUAAUCUCCCCCGUAAUAUACAGAAGAACCCAUUUCCAUUCAACCAAGAAAAAACCCAACUCUUGCUCGAUUCAAAAAAUGGCUGCAGUUCAAUUCAUCUUCUCCUUGCUCCUUAUCUCACUGGCAACCCAAUUCCCGCCAUCAACCUCCGAAUCCGAAGCAGCAAAGCAGAGCCUGGUCAAUUUCAUGGCGAACCUCUCCGGCGGCAACUUCCCGACCCACAAAUACGGGUGGAACACGACCUCCGACCCCUGUCGCUGGCUCGGCGUCCACUGCGACGCCUCCCAAUCCGUGAUGUCGAUUUCCCUCUCCGGGUUCCAAUUCGCCGGAACACUCGACGCCGCCGGAACGCUCUGCUCCGUCGUCGAAUCGCUCGCCGUCCUGAUCCUGCGAAACAACACCAUUUCCGGCGAAAUCCCUGAAUCGUUGGGUAACUGCACGGGUCUGACCAUCCUGGCUCUGGACGACAACCGGUUCACCGGGUCGAUACCCGGUUCGAUUCUCCGGUUGAGAGACCUGACGGCGCUGGAGAUUUCGCACAACGAAAUCUCCGGCGAGAUUCCUGAAGGUCUGGCCGGGAUUCCGAGGCUGGUGUUCUUUCUUGCUGAGAACAACCGUUUAUCCGGCGCGAUUCCGCAGUUUGAUUUCCGGGCAAUGGCCCGGUUCAAUGUUUCGAAUAACGAGCUCGUCGGGCCGAUUCCUGAGGGGACCGGCCGGUUUGGUGCGGAAAGUUUUGGUGGGAAUCCUGGGUUGUGCGGGAAGCCGCUGGAGAAUUCGUGUCCGGGAUGGGCGCCGCCGCCGGCAAGUGAGGUUCCGAGUCCGGCGAGGUCGCCGGAGCAGAAGGGGACGGGGUUUUGUUCUGGAGCAGGGGAGGGAUGGGUUGGGUUGAUUUCAGCAUUGGGUUUCUCGUUUCUUUUGAUUAGAUUUUUCUGAUGAUCCAUUUUCAUAUAAGAGUCUUCUCUUUUGUUUCGUUAGGUAGAAGAUUUAGUACGUCCAAUAAAAGGAAUGUAACACU